AUGGAUUACGGACUCACAGAAGAAGAAAGUGAGCGGCUGAAAUAUGCCAAAAAAUGGCUGAGGCAGGCUCUAAAGAUGAGCAACGGUGAGCUCUAUAACACGGAAGUAUACUGGAACUACGUUCAAAUGAAGUUAGACUACCAGCAAGAGGUCUAUACUUUACUAUUAAAGAGAGCAAAUGCGGCAUACCUUAACGAUGGAUCUCACCAAGAAGUAGCUCGCAGGCAGCAAUCGGCGCAGAGAAAACAAGAUCGACAACGAGCACGAAACAUCGUCCGAUCCUUUUCAAAAGCCGGCGACCUCCCCAUGGUACGUGUUGCGUAUGCGGAACUUCUGACACUCCUGAAGAUAAGAAUGUUUUGCUUCAACGAACGGAAUUUUCUUUCAAACCUAAAGAGGGCGUAUGGCACCAUAAAGAAUGAAGACCUACAAUAUUACUGGGAUGUCUUCCAUAAUACCUUAAUCAUACAUGAAGUCUUCUCGGCAGCCCGUAUAUUCCCCUUGUCCUACGGACAAAGCACGAUGACCUACAUCUUUGGCCCAGAUGCAAACGGUGAAAUCAACUCAGCACGCAACGGCUUACUUGUUCAACGCCCUUUUGCGUCAAGAUUUGAUGCUCACAAGUUCUCCAUCGUACCCCAGGACCCCAACUCUAGCGAUCCUCAGGAAUGGAAGGCCGUUCCUAUCGGUGAACCCCGUCCUUAUGAUGAGUUUUUCUGUGGGAAGAAACUCAUAUUUCUUACUGAAGCGCGUCCAAGCGCUAGAUACCUAUAUUUCCACUAUAUCGUGUCCUUGAUAUCACAUUAUCAGGAGCGAAAACGCGAUGGCAUCGCUGCGCCCCCAGACCCUUACAUUCCGAGGCUGUCGACAGUCUGGGGGACUGGUAAGAGGUAUUUACGCGAAAGCGUCGUGCUAGGGCUUGUUGAAGAGCUGGGUGACAUUCUGCCAGAUGAAAUGAAAGCGGACAUGCUGGAUCAUUGCUUCAAACCGAGUGAGGCUAACCACGAUAAUGAAAUUGCAGAAAUUUCACGUUCUGUGGAAGAAAUAGAUUUAGGGAGUGAUGACGAGGAGUAUGAGAUGGAAAUUGCCCCCGAAUACUACCCAGAAAACUCGGAAGAUGAUUAUAUCUAUACCGCUUACAACUCUGAUGGCGAGACUGAGGAUGGAGAUGAGUAG